GGAUGGUCGGGCUAGUGGAUCAAACAAAUUGGAAUCUCAAAGAGUGGGAGACAUCAUGUUAAAAAAUAUGAAUAUGUUAAAGAUGUAUGACCAGUAUCUAGAGGGACACUAUGGUAUCUUGGAGGGCUUGGAGUCUUCAUUCCGCAAGAACCGGCGAUUUGAGCAGGUUUAUCGAGAUUUUGAAAUGCAGAAAGUUUGCUACUUGCCUCUAACUUCCUUCAUUCUGAAGCCACUUCACCGUCUUCAGCAUUAUCAUCUUCUCCUUGAUCGUCUAGUGAAACACUAUGGUAGUGCAAACCAUCAUGACUACCGAGAGUGCAUGACUGCAAAAGCCAAGCUCAAUCAAGUCAUCAAGGGCAUGGUUCCUUCUCUGGCUGCCUCGGAAAAUUUGGUAAAAUUGGUAGAAUUGCAACGUGACUUGAUUGGAAUUGACAACUUGAUACAGCCUGGCCGGGAAUUCUUAAGAGAAGGCUGCUUACAAAAGCUGUCUCGUAAAGGGUACCAGCAGCGCAUGUUUUUCCUGUUUAAUGACGUUCUGCUAUACACAAACCGAACUACAACUCCAGUGCUACAGUUCAAAGUGCAUGGUCAGCUGCCUCUCCGAGGUGUGAUGGUUGAGGAAACAGAGAGCCGCAUGGGUGCUACCAACUGUUUUACAAUCUAUGGAGGCAACAGAGCUUUAAUGGUUGCAGCUAAUAGUGAAGAAGAAAAAUCCAAGUGGCUUGAAGAUCUCACAAGAGCUAUUAACCAGGCAAAGUCUCGCCCUGAUGAUGCCUUCCACUACCUCUCCCUAAAAUCUAUUAGUUCAUCAGAUGAGGUUUUGGACCGAAGUGAAAGCAGUGUGAUGGAGGAUCCUCUAAGCCCUACAAGAGGAAUCGGUGACAAAGGCUCUUCUCCCCAGCAGCGAUCCAACACAACGGUCCAUGUUUGCUGGCAUCGAGCGACAAGUGUUUCUUCCCAUGAUUAUUCCCUUGCUGUUCAGAAUCAGCUUAGCGGCUACCUGCUACGUAAGUUUAAAAACAGCAUGGGUUGGCAGAAACUGUGGGUUGUUUUUACCAACUUCUGCCUCUUCUUCUACAAAACUUUCCAAGAUGACUUCCCUCUGGCAUCUCUCCCACUACUGGGGUACACAAUUACCACGCCGGGAGAGGACGACCAGAUUCAGAAGGAGUUUGUCUUCAAGCUUCAGUUUAAAAAUCAUGUCUAUUUUUUCAGAGCUGAAUCAGAGUUUACAUUCUCUCGCUGGAUGGAAGUGAUAGCAACUGCCACACAAAACUCCGCACGGUCUCGUCUCUUUAGUAGGAAGGAGAGUGAGAAUGAGAGCAUCAGGCUGUGAAAUUGAAAAUUGUAGCUCUUUAUUGCAUCACUGCUCAAGGACGCAUCUCCAAAUUUAAAUGUCAAUAAUUUGAUAUAUAAAAAAUAGCUUGUACAAAUUAAACAUCCAUAUUAAUUUUUUCCCAGUACCGGCAGUGGUUCUAAAAAUAAGCAAGAUACAGUUACUUAAAUAGAGAAAUGAAGAAUGUUUGUGUACAUUUUUUCAAAUAUCCUUUUAAAGAAAUUGCAAGUAUUUUAUUUAAGUAUUAAAAUAUAUUAACAGCUGAAACUAUAUGAAUGGCUAAUGCAUAUCUAUAAAGUAAUUUUCUGAUAUUUUUAUAGUACUAAGAACUUUUGUAAAUACUGUAAUAAAUAUAGGUGAAGGCCUAUCACUUCAAAACUAAGGCUUUGAGUGUAGAUGAAAAGCUCUUUUCUUGGUUGCUUCAUCAGGCAAGGUUCUACACAGAUUUAUAAUGGAUCCAGCCAUGAAUGACUUACAAUGAAAACUCUUCCAGCACCAACAAGACCACCAAAGAGAAAGCCUUUAGGGAGCUUAAAGAAUUAGUAAUAAAGUUGAGUGCAUGCAUUGUAGCACCGGUGCACUGCUGUGGUGCAGCACCUUGUCUAAGGAAGUACCAAGUUGUAUAGUUCACACAAUGUUAAGUAUUGCAAAUUUUAUGUAAAGACUGUUUCUUACAAAAGUAGCAUUAUUGCAGAAAUUUAUUUUUAGAGAUCAAUGUGUAUAGCGUUUCAAUAAUAAUGACGUUUUUGUUCAGCUAGUGGUAAACUCAUGUCACUGAAUUUUAUACAAAAAUGCCCGUUCAUUGAUGUACAGAACCAAACACCCAAGUGUUGUUCAGCAAGAUAUAAUUUAUAUAUAUACAAGUUUGUGAUUGCAUCAUAUCAUUUUUGUACUUCCCAAUCAGGAUUUGUGACAAAUUAAAUAGUGUGACAGUGCUAUUUAAUAUUAUGGUGCAUCUUUCCAAUGUUGAAAGUUAGCAACAAGAUUUAUAAACACCAUGAUAACAGCAAAAUAGGUUGUGUACUAAUAAGUUUAUUGCUCACUGGAAAUAGCAUACAAUAGAUUUAAUGUAAAAACUUCAUAAAUAUACUUAUUCAUUUAUUCAAUCUAAACACUGGUUUAGCUAGGUUAUGUAAUUGUUUAUAGAUGUUAUUUAAAGUUGUGAUGACUAUUAUUAGAUAGAAUUCAUACAUACUAAUGGAAUUGAUCAGUUUGUAUUAUCUAACUAAUUAUGUAAAGAAUUAUUUGGGGGUCCUAGUCCACAUUGUGUCAUAGUUGUCAAGUUAAAUGUGUACCAAAAACGGAUAAAAUUCCACAUUGUAGAAUCUCAACUAAUUUUUCCUAUUAGUAGAUAAUUUGUUCAUGUUCAUAUGACAAUUAUGGCAUAUUAUAAUAUGCUCUAAAAGUGAAAAAAAAAGUUUAUCGGCUGACAAGAAAUUAUUUUAAAAUUUAUUCCGAGUACUGUAUGUUGAGGUGAAUAACUUAACACUUGUUGCUCUUAAGUGCCAUGAUUUAAACAAAAUUAAAACAAUGCAAUUUAUUUCUAUUUUUUUGCAUACGAACUUUGUAUUGAGAUUUCAUAUAAAGUUUUUUUAAUUCUUCUUACAUUGCCUUGUCCCUGCCUUACCACCUUAGAUCUGUAAUAUUGCAAUAAAUAAUAUGGUUAGU